AUGGCCGAAUCAUUGCGCUUCCUUGGCUCCCUUCCCGGUCACUCUGGAUGGGUCACUGCAAUUGCGACCUCUUCAGAGACCCCCGAUGUCAUUUUGACCGCUUCUCGAGACAAAACCAUCAUCGCAUGGCAGCUCACUCGCGAUGAGGACUCGUACGGCUACCCAAAACGCAUUCUCCGCGGACAUAACCACUUCGUAUCCGACGUUGUCAUCUCCUCCGAUGGCCAGUUUGCUCUCUCUUCAUCCUGGGACCACACCCUUCGCCUGUGGGACCUUAACACCGGUCUCACUACCCGCCGCUUCGUUGGACACACCUCCGAUGUCUUGUCUGUCAGCUUCAGCGCUGACAACAGGCAGAUCGUCUCUGGCUCUCGUGACAGGACGAUCAAGCUCUGGAAUACGCUCGGGGAGUGCAAGUAUGACAUUAAGGACGAUGGUCACUCUGAGUGGGUGUCUUGCGUUCGCUUCAGCCCGAACGUUUUGAACCCUGUGAUCGUGUCGUCUGGAUGGGACAAGGUGGUGAAGGUCUGGGAACUCUCAAAGUUCAAGUUAAAGACCAACCACUACGGCCACACUGGCUACAUCAACACUGUGUCUGUUUCACCCGACGGUUCCUUGGCCGCGUCCGGCGGCAAGGAUGGGAUCACCAUGCUUUGGGACCUCAACGAGGGCAAGCACCUCUAUUCGCUCGAGGCCGGCGACAUUGUCAACGCCCUCGUCUUCUCUCCCAACCGGUACUGGCUCUGCGCAGCGACUGCCAGCUGCGUCAAAAUCUUCGACUUGGAGAGCAAGUCUAUCGUUGACGAGCUCAAGCCUGACUUCGUUGAUGUUGGUGCCAACUCCCGGGAACCCGAGUGUGUUUCCAUCGCCUGGUCUGCUGAUGGUCAGACCUUGUUCGGUGGCUUUACCGAUAACCUUGUCCGGGUCUGGACCGUAUCCUCGUAA